AUGAGGCGGCAGAACAGCAGCUGCGACCAAUGUCGCAAGGGCAAGAGGGCCUGCGACGCCGGCGCCCUCAAGGACAUUCAGUUGUGUCUGGAUGCGGACCUUCAAUGGGAGGUUGAUUGGCAGAGCUUGAACGGGCCGUGCUCAAACUGUUCAAAGACGCGGAAAAUGUGCACAUUCAAUUGGGCCCGGUCACAGCAGGCCCAGCUCCGGGUCCAACGGCAGUCUACUGAGAAGAGCGCCGGCACCGGCGCCCUACCGAGCCGGAAGAGGGCCAAGUCAACUCACAAGAGCAACAACAACAACAGCAACAACAACUCAUCGGUUUCGCCCGCGUCUCAAGGUCUGAGUGACGCCCAGCUCGCGGAGCUCCAGUCGCUGAUUCCGGAUCAUGUCGGAUCCCUCAGCAACGAGAUGCCAAGCGCGCACACCUUUGCCGCAAACGACUUUGGACUGCCCCCCGACUUAUUCACGCUAUCCCCCGCCGACGAGCAACUCACAUUCGACCCCACCGACGACUCGUUGCUCCUCUUCCCGGGCCCCUCGUCUCUGUCGGCGCCCAGCUGCUUAUCGGAUGAGUUACCCGGCUUUGACGACGCCGCCGACCUCGUUUCCAUGCACGGCGCCUCGACCAUCAGCCUGAGCCCGGACCCCACCACCGAGGCCACCACGGGACACCACCCAAACGCUCGCAAGAGGACGUGGCAGCAAGGCUCCAUGAACUCCGCACCGUCCGGCGGCGGCGGCGGCGUCUCAGAGUACUCGGCCACGCAGACCAUGAUUGCGCGGACGAACCAGGGGCUCAUGACGGAUAAUCUCAUGAAGCUGUAUCACGACGUCAUGGAGGGCGCGCUUUCGUGCUGGCUGGUGGAGCAGAAUUGCCCGUAUCUGAUGUCCCCCUCACAGCUGGAGCGCUCGAGUCUCAGCGACACGCAAUGCCAUGACGCAACGCAGAUUCAGCUCAACCUGCCCAACAGGAUAUACCGACGGGUCUUCAAGCUGGAUCAGUCUCUCGUCUCGCUGGGGUUGAAGCCGCUCAACGUAUCCGAAGACCGGAGGGCCACGAAAGCGCUGCACCUCGCCAUCAUGGCCUUCACAGCGCAGUGGGCCCAGGGCAGCCAUCGGAGCAAAGCACGGUACCAGAAGCCGGACCCCUUUGGGGCGUCGUCCAUGACGGGACCCGGCGGGCUGCUCGAACAGGAGGAAUUCGACACGGCGCUCCAGAUAUCCUUUUGGAACCAGGCGCAGCGGUGUCUGGACGACUGCGCCGGGGUGGACUCGUUCAAGGUGGCUAUGGCGGAGCUCCUCUUUGGCUUGACGCAAAAGAACAAGGACCCGGAAGAUAUGGGAUGGGACUACAACAAAGUCGGUCAGAAUCAAAUGGGAUACGGCGGCAACGGUCACGACUGGGAGACGUGUACGAAAGAAAAGGUGCAGACGGCGUUGGACGAGGAAGGCUACUCAAUCUACGUCGAGCGCGGCGCCCGGCGCCUCCACGUCCUCAAACGCCGGUCGGAAAAUUUCGAGAGGCGGAAAAGAGCAAGGGCACGCGGCGCGGGCGUGGGCGCGGGCGCGGGCGCGAGGGACGAACCGAGCUGGGCGGGUUACGGGGAGGACGCGCACGCGGAGGACAAGGCGACGAUGAAAAUGAUCUUUUGGCUCGCCAUCAUGUUUGACACGCUCUCGUCCGCCAUCUCCGACAGGCCGCCCGUCGUCUCGGACGAAGACAGCCGCGAGUCAAAGAAGCAAGACGCAACAACAGCCAAAGACGAAGACGACGUUCCCGCGGUGGCGGCAGCACCAGAAGAAGGCUGGAACGAUUAUUUCAUCAUCAAGCGACACCAGAAACUAGCCCCCCUGCGCUGGCCCUGCCCCGACGAGAUAUUCGAACGCGAGCUUCGGGACGCGGCCCCCGUCAAAGUCCUCCUCUUUCGCAAAAUCACACGCAUCCAAAGCCUCUCGUCGCGCGGGUCCGCCACUCCAAAGGCCAUCGAGGAGGCCAUCCAGGACGGUCUGGCCGUCUACCGCCACUGGAACAUGACGUACGGCCCGCUGUUCCGGGACUGCAUCGAGCACCACGACGCGCUGCCCUCCAAGGUGCAGAGCUGGUACAUUUGCCUUCUCGGGCAUUGGCUCCUCGCUGCGAUGAUGAUGGCGGACUGCAUCGCGCUCGUGGACGAGCAGGGGCUCAGCAGCGCGUCCCGUGCCGCGGAGCGCGGCCAGACGGGGUUGGUUGGGGGUCUGAGGCGGGCGAGCGUGCGGGAGGCGUCUGAUCUCGCGCGGGCGGCUACGCCGCAACACGAUGAUGGUGGGCUGGGCGUGCUGUUGGAAUUUCAUCCGGCGGUCAAGGAAGGGGCUUUGCUUACGGAGCCGUGGACCAUGGUUUUGAUACGGUCUUUUGCGAUGGCGGGGACGUUGCUGCUUGAGGAGGCGGGGGGUUUGGGGUCAGGGGACGAGAUGAUGUUGGAGACGUUGGAUCGGUGCGAGGAUUGUGUCAAGGCGUUGUGGUAUUUGGGUCGCAAGUCGACGUUGUCACGUCAAGUUGCUGGGAUCUUGGGCGGCGGCUUGCUUGCGGAACGGGCCAAGGCCUUGAGUGUCGAGGGGAUGGUUGGGAGUCGGGAUUCCUGGAACGUAUUUGGACCAGUUGAGAUUCUGUAG